AUGGGGGCCCGUGCCAGUGUCGCUGACACCAACAUCUUGUCUGGCCUUGAGAGCAACGCGACGGGCAUUACAGCCUUCUCUAUGCCUGCCUGGCAGCUGGCGCUAUGGGCCACAGCCUACCUGGCCCUGGUGCUGGUGGCUGUGACAGGCAACGCCACCGUCAUCUGGAUCAUUCUGGCCCAUGAGAGGAUGCGCACCGUUACCAACUAUUUCAUCAUCAACCUGGCCUUGGCGGACCUCUGCAUGGCGGCCUUCAAUGCGACCUUCAACUUCAUCUAUGCCAGUCACAACAUCUGGUACUUCGGCCGCGCCUUCUGCUACUUCCAGAACCUCUUUCCCGUCACAGCCAUGUUCGUCAGCAUCUACUCCAUGGCCGCCAUCGCAGCCGACAGGUACAUGGCCAUUGUCCACCCUUUCCAGCCACGGCUCUCAGCCCCCAGCACCAAGGCGGUCAUCGCUGGCAUCUGGCUGGUGGCCCUGGCUCUCGCCUCCCCGCAAUGCUUCUACUCCACCAUCACUGUGGACCAGGGGGCCACCAAGUGUGUGGUGGCCUGGCCCAAUGACAACGGAGGCAAGAUGCUCCUACUGUAUCAUUUGGUGGUGUUUGUCCUCGUCUACUUCCUGCCUCUAGUGGUGAUGUUCGCGGCUUACAGUGUCAUUGGCCUCACGCUGUGGAAGCGCGCGGUACCCAGGCACCAGGCUCACGGAGCCAACCUGCGCCAUCUGCAGGCCAAGAAGAAGUUCGUGAAGGCCAUGGUACUGGUGGUGUUGACCUUUGCCAUCUGCUGGCUGCCCUACCACCUCUACUUCAUCCUGGGAACCUUCCAGGAGGACAUCUACUACCGCAAGUUUAUCCAGCAGGUCUACCUGGCGCUCUUCUGGCUGGCCAUGAGCUCCACCAUGUACAACCCCAUCAUUUAUUGCUGCCUUAACCACAGGUUUCGCUCAGGAUUCCGCCUUGCUUUCCGGUGCUGCCCCUGGGUGACACCAACGGAGGAAGACAGGCUGGAGCUGACUCACACCCCGUCCAUCUCCAGGAGAGUCAACCGGUGCCACACCAAGGAGACUUUGUUCAUGACAGGAGACCUGACCCACUCUGAGGCUACCAAUGGGCAGGUCGGGAGUCCCCAGGAUGGGGAGCCUGCUGGACCCUGA